ACCGGAACAGGCUAGUGACCGCCUUUUAGCCAGCGUUAGCUCAAACCGUGUUGGCUUUGCGGUAAACUCGGCGUGCGAUUAAGUUAGCUCAGCCGUUAAGAGGCGGUGCGCCACGUACUUUUUAAAUCUAACCACCGUCUGCUAAGUAAUUACAGUAAUAUGAGCGACAACGAGAAAGAUUUCAGGGAGCAGGUUGAGUUUGGAAGAAAGAAAAAGGCGGAAGACGUUUCAGAUGACUCGCAGCCUGGCUCGAGGAGUGCGUCCCCUCGGGGCUCGGUGAAAUCCACCAGCCAUUCGCCAGCGCGCUCCAAAGAUGGCUCCCGCCAUUCCAGGUCCAGAUCUCGUUCUCGAUCCAGAUCAAAAUCCAGGUCCCGUUCCCAUCGUAGUUCACGCAGGCACUACUCCCGCUCUCGUUCCCGCUCCCACCGUCGCCAUUCCAGGAGCCGAUCCCGCAGCUGGGAGUACCGCAGACGAAGGAGCCAUAGCCGGUCCCCCAUGUCAAAUCGUCGCAGACACAUUGGCAACAGAGCCAACCCGGACCCUAACAACUGUCUGGGUGUGUUUGGACUGAGUCUGUAUACCACUGAGAGGGAUCUCCGGGAGGUUUUCUCUAAAUACGGCCCUUUGAGUGGGGUCAACAUCGUGUAUGAUCAGCAGUCGCGUCGCUCAAGAGGCUUUGCCUUUGUCUACUUUGAAAACUCAGAGGACUCCAAGGAGGCUAAGGAGCGUGCUAAUGGUAUGGAGCUUGAUGGGCGUAGGAUCCGUGUUGAUUUCUCCAUCACAAAACGAGCCCACACACCCACUCCUGGAAUCUACAUGGGACGUCCCACAUACGGUGGUGGUGGUGGUGGUGGAGGAGGCGGCGGUGGUGGAGGAGGUGGUGGCGGCGGCGGCGGUUCAUCACGUCGCACCUCAAGAGACUACGACAGGGGCUACGACAGAGGCUAUGACAGAGGUUAUGAUCGUGACUAUGAUCGCUAUGACGACAGAGAAUACAGAUCAUACAGACGCAGAUCUCCGUCUCCUUACUACAGCAGAGGAUACCGCUCACGAUCCCGCUCACGGUCCUACUCACCACGUCACUACUGAGCAACAAGAGAGAAGAGUCGAUGACAAAUUCAGUGUUAUUGCUUGGAUGCUUGUGAUUCUUUUUAUGUUUUUUGACUGGAUAUUAUGGAUGUAAUAGGAAUUCUGGAUUUGUUUAUGUACUGAAGGUUUGAAAAAAAAAAAAAAAGAAACAGUUGUAAAAAUGCAGUCUGUCUCAGAGCCACCACGUCGGCGAUAAAUUAAUUGCUACUAAAUUUGUAGGAAGAAGCGUGAGAAUGGCGUUUUUGCCGUUUUGAAUUGAAGAAACUACGUUCAGUUGAAAAUUUUGUACCCAAAGUGUGUCACUUUUCAUUGGCUAACUUUUCACCUCACUUUUAUGAGAAUUUGUGAAGUCAUUUUUCCCGUUAAAGCUUAACAAACAGGAAUCGAGAACACAACCUGUUGGCCGGUAAUUAAACUGAGGGCUGGCUUUAUUACGCCUGGUUCGGCAGACUUGUUUUUAACUGAGCAGGAUUUUCUGUGGCAGUUCUAUCACGAUUUUUCUCAUUUUUGCCAUUUGUAUGUGGUUUCUUAAACUGUCAAGAUCCUGGUUUGCUCUAUAAAAUGUUUUAAAUACCAUUUUUCUUUUUUGAUCGUGUUUUUCUGGUUGAAAUUUUUUUUUUCUUCCUUUUUUUUGGUUGUACAUAAGCAAUAAAAAAUUACCUGGGUCAUUUA